AUGUUAUUCGUUACCGUUCUCAAUCUCUUCAUUCAUUUUUUUUGCAGGCUUUUCGACAGCAUGGACAAAAUUCAAAUCCGCACGAUUUUCUUGUUCCAGUUCAAACUAGGCCGAAAAGCUGCCGAGACAGCUCAUCUCUCUCUCUCCUCUCUCUCUCUCUCUCUCUCUCUCUCUCUCUCUCUCUCUCUCUGUGGAAAAUGCCACUCUCUCGGCUUGGGAAGUCUUGAUCCAGUGUCACGGGGAACCGUUACGACGGGAGACUGCCAGGCUACAUCGGAUGACCAGGACUUCUCUAGGUGUCACGACCAUGCUCUAAAGCGACCACAAACACUGUCACUGCUUUCACAACCGUUGGAUCAUCAGGUGAUCUCUUCCGCUCGUUCUGUCGAGAGACAGUCUUCGCAUGCAGUAGGGCUGACACGUGCCAAGCCUAACUUGCAGACCCGUCGGCUAUCCUCACCUGGUUUGGCCAGCUCGCCAAAGCCGUUCCCCGGAAGUGGCCGCUGUUGCAUGCGACAGGAUUCUAAGAGCCACAGAUGGGAGCUGGAUAACAGGUUAAGACCUGUGGCAGAAGAGCAUUCCGUAAAACAGCAUGGCGACCCCCUGCUAUAG